AUGGAAGACUCCAGCGCAUCCUCUUCCGCUGGUCCGGCGAUCUCGUCGCUGCUCACCCUCCCCAUCACGGAGAACCUGUCCGAGAACAAUCUUGUUCUAUGGAAAAGCCAAGUUCUACCGGCCAUCCGCGGUGCCCAACUUGAGGGGCACCUAGACGGCACGGCACCGGUGCUGGCUAAGGAGAUUGACGUCACGGUAGUUGAGAAGACCAUCAAGAGCGCCAACCCAGAAUACACCAAGUGGGUGGCGCAUGGUCAGCAGGUGUUGGGCUACCUGCUCACCACCAUGACACGUGAUGUCAUGGUGCAAGUCGCUACGACGACAACUGCGGCUGAACUCUGGUCUGCCGAGGAUAACAUCUACUUGUCGCAAACAAGAGCGUGA